AUGGCUGCGGGAAAAGUAUAUGUCGGCGGCUUACCCGAUGAUGCCACAUCAAAAGAAAUUGAGGACGCUUUCUACAAAUUUGGACGUAUUUACAAGGUUUGGGUCGCUCGGCGCCCACCAGGCUUCGCUUUUGUCGAAUACGAGGAUCAACGUGACGCUGAGGAUGCUGUAAGAGCAAUGGAUGGAGCCCGCGUUUGUGGCGCUCGAGUUCGAGUCGAAUUGAGUCACGGUCGACGUCGUAAUGGAAAUGGUGAUCGCGGAGAUCGUGAUGGUGGUGGUGGUCGCGGUGGUGAUCGAUAUGGUGGCGGUGGAAGCCGAAGGUCUCGAUCUCGAUCUGGUGGUCGCGGGGGUCGCAGCCGCUCUCGCGACCGUGAGCGUGAUAAUUCGCGCAGCCGAAGUCGCAGCCCACGCUCGCGCACACGUUCAAAGAGCCCAGCCGAUCGUUCGCGUUCGCAAAGCAAA